AUGGCGUCCCUGAGAUCAAUGCAUUUCUUCUCAAGGUUUGAAAUCAAUAGGGAUAUCUUCUUGCUUUUUCGAAGACGUCCACCAAGGUUCAACGAUAAAACUGCAUUUGCCACUGGAAGUCAAAUUGUUCCUCUCUUGAAUGCUGUUGAUCUAGGGACAGAGCUUGCAUAUGAGAUCCUCUUCCAACUCAAUUCAAGAUUGAGCGAGCAGAACAUAAUGAGUUGUCAGAGAGCCUACGUCACACCUUCAAAGGUUUAUCUGCUAGGUCCAGAGGUUGAGGCUUCUAAUUACGUUGUCAAGAACUUCGCAGAGCAUGCUUCAGACUUCAUGAGAGUUACGUUUGUGGAAGAAGAUUGGAGCAAGCUUCCAGCGAAUGCUCUCUCUGUGAACUCCAAGGAAGGAUGGGACAGUUGUUCGGCAGACACUUCUCGUCCGUGCACAAGAUGUGGAGCUUAUUCCCGACGUCCAAGUGACUACUGA